GCCCCCGGGCGGCCCCUGGCGGGCGGCGCGGCGAGCGCAUGUCCGCGCGGCGGGAAGGGCGGGCGGCCGCCAGGGGGGCGGCGGCCGAGGCGGCGGCGGGUCCCGCGCUGCCCGUGGCCGCCGGAGGCGCGGGGGCGGGCGGGGAGCGCGGCGGCCGCGGUCUGAGGGAAUGCACCGCGCGCACGCCAACAUGGCCGCUGCCGCCGGGCGCGCGGCGUGGCGCUUUGUGAAAAGCAGCAGUCAAGUGAGGGUCCCAGUGCGAUGGAGAGGUCAGGCAACUGCAGCUGCAGCCACAGCGACAAAAAGCACAAAGCCUCAAAUUCAGCCCGAAGUGCAGAAACCUAAAACAGGAAUCUUGAUGUUAAACAUGGGUGGUCCAGAAAGGCUGGAUGACGUGCAUGAUUUCUUACUUCGUCUCUUCUUGGACAGGGAUCUAAUGACUCUUCCAGCACAAAAUAAAUUAGCACCAUUCAUUGCCAAACGCCGCACCCCAAGAAUCCAGGAACAGUACAGCAGGAUUGGAGGCGGAUCACCGAUCAAAAAGUGGACGGCGGUGCAGGGAGAAGCCAUGGUGAAACUGCUGGAUAGAAUGUCUCCUCACACUGCACCUCACAAAUACUACAUCGGUUUCCGGUAUGUCCAUCCUCUGACAGAAGAAGCAAUCGAAGAGAUGGAGAAAGAUGGGGUUGAAAGGGCUAUUGCUUUCACGCAGUAUCCACAAUACAGCUGCUCUACCACAGGAAGCAGUUUAAAUGCUAUUUAUCGCUACUAUAAUAAAAAGGGGGAGAAGCCAAAGAUGAAGUGGAGUAUAAUUGACCGAUGGCCCACACAUCCCCUUCUUAUUCAGUGCUUUGCUGAACACAUACAGAAAGAACUGGAUCUGUUUCCACCUGACAAAAGGAAAGAUGUUGUUAUCCUUUUCUCAGCUCACUCGCUCCCGAUGUCUGUAGUGAACCGUGGUGAUCCAUAUCCUCAAGAAGUGGGAGCUACUGUCCAAGGAGUCAUGGAGAAGCUGAACUAUUCCAAUCCUUACAGGCUUGUGUGGCAGUCCAAGGUUGGGCCAAUGCCUUGGCUUGGUCCACAGACAGAUGAAACCAUUAAAGGACUGUGUCAAAGAGGAAAGAAGAACAUGUUGUUGGUCCCAAUAGCAUUUACAAGUGACCACAUUGAAACACUUUACGAACUGGAUAUUGAGUAUGCCCAAGUUUUAGCAAACGAGUGUGGAGUUGAAAACAUCAGAAGAGCAGAGUCUCUUAAUGGAAAUCCACUGUUCUCCAAGGCUCUGGCAGACUUGGUCUAUUCACAUAUCCAGUCAAAUGAAAUCUGCUCUAAGCAGUUAACCCUCUGCUGUCCGCUCUGUGUAAAUCCUGUCUGCAGGGAGACAAAAGCCUUCUUCACUGAUCAACAGCUGUGAUGGGCAGUCUAGGAGAACACUGCUGGAUUAUACAGGAAAGUUGCCCUGGUGACAGUGCAAAGAAAAGGAACUGUUUGACCGAACUCUUCUCCCUGUCACGUACUUACAGAAUGGUAGUCUCACUGAUGUUAACCUGGUGUAACUGAGGAGAACUUGACUUUUUUGGGUUUUUUUUUUCCCUUAUGUUUUGUUUGAGAGUGUCUGUAGAAAGUAGGGCGAUAAGGGCCUGAUCCUGUGAGAUGUGAAGAGACCUCAUCUUGUCUAAUUCUGAUGGGACUUGGCAUGAGCCCAGUAUGCACAGAAAAAAACUUGCAAAGCUUUUAUGUAAGUUAGCUUCUAUCUACUUUUCAGGGAAUUUGGCUUCUGUCUACUUUUCAGGGAUUUAUUUGUGUGUGAUUUCAUUGUGAUUAUAUUAAUUUCAGCUUUCCAGGUCAAGUGUACAAUUGUUUGCUUUGUUUAUGCUUAUGGUACAGUAUAGCCAGCACAGUCACCAGGUAGCUCUUCUAAGAGUGAUCUUUUCAGAUGGGUUUUGAAGAUCAAGUGACUUCUAAUGCUUUUUAAAAUAACGUAUUUUUUUAGAACAUAAGGAUAAGGUUUUGUUUUGUUUUGCUUUUUCUGCCAGAGGCUUCCUAUGAAAGCUUAGCUAGGAUAGUAGAACUCACAAGAUUUGUUUACAUUUUAUAGAAAAACAUUAUCUUCAGGAAAGCCCUGUGUUUGGAGAGCAUAAAAUGAAAGAAAGAAUCUUGCUUGCUGAGGAACAUGCUUGGUUGAAACAGAUAAUCUAUGGUUCAGAUCUAGCAGCCAUCAAGAGCGCAUGUUGGAACAUGUUGGCUCAUCUUUUAAGCAAAAUACCUUUUUUCUUUUUUUAAAAUCAUUAUUAAGAAGGGCUUUCUCUGGUUAAGUGAACUUAGGAAGUCAGGCUUGCUCUCCAGAAGGUUUAUAGAUUUGCUCUCUGUUUUCUGCUGUGUCACAGUGCUGUGGUUCUUGUGGGAUACCUAUGGAGCUACAUAGGUAGAACUGAUCUAACUUAAUUGAAGCUGUCAUUUAAAACUGAGGUGAUAAAUUGGGAGUAAAUUACAUUCUAGGUGCCUGAGAGCAGAGUGAGAGGAGAGCAGGCUGCCCCUCAUGUUGAAAGCUGUGUGCUUUUGCAUCCUGUGGUCUAAAGCUGAAAUCUAUUAGAUUUCUGGCACUUAGAGUGGGUCUGGAGUAUGCACCCAUAACCCAUUUAAAUUGCUUGCUUGUUUUGGCAGGCAUUUGGAUGCCUCAGGACUGCUGAAUCCACUCCUAAGUAGUGUUAGUUUUGUAGAGUGGAAGAACCUUUUUAGGGCACUACUCCUUCACUGUCAACACCAGGACAGAUGUCUAGGUUAGUCUUGGGAUAUCAGGGGACUUUGUUUCAAAGACUGGUCACCACAUAGCGUUUCUGACCUGGGGACUUGAAGUAGUUCAGGGUGGAAGUACCGCAGCACCUCAGUUAGUGGUCUUUCACGCCAGGCUGUCUUGGGAUGAAGGAAGAGCAAAGCUGUGACCAGUGUUCUGUGGCACUGAGCAUUAUGUGUGUUAGUCUAGGCGUCAGCUUCGUGGAUAUAAACAUUUACAUGAUGUAAUUAGCACUGAAAUGCCAGUCCUUUGGCAAUGCAGGUUGUUUUCAGACACAGACUUUCUGUAAAUUGAUGAGCCAGCUAAUCAUAAUAUUUGAAGAAGUAGAGGUCAUGCUGCUCAGACAGUUUUAUCUGUUUAUAUAAUUAUGAAGCAUGAACAGUUUGAACCUCUGAUCUUUUAAUGAUAAGGUUGUUUAAGAAGAAAACAGGCCCCUGUUGAAUUAACAGGGGCUUGCUUUUUUGUUUUGACUAUAAACAAAUGGUCCCCUGGUUCUAAAUUAUGUUAAAAGAAUUAAACCUGGGAUAUUAAAGAAAUAAGUGGGUGCCGUGUUGAUCAUCCAGUGGGCCAGAUGCUGCCAUGGAGUGAUGUAAACUGUGGUCUUCUGCCUCUCUGGGACCCGUGGCCUAAUAUGUCUCGAGAGUUGAAUGAAGUGUCUCCACUGCCACGCUGCAGCUUCUGAGUGUGAUUAUGGUGAGGUAGACUUAAACUCCUCCAGUGACAAAACCGCCCUACGUUACUGCUACCCCUUGUUGCUUUAGCAGAAAGAAGUCUUCCUCGACCCUUUGUGUCUAUGCCUGUUCUCAGUAGCAGGGAGCCCAGAAGCAGGGGCAGGUCUGCAGAAGCCAAGAAUGAGAGCGUGCUGCCUGUCCAGGGCUUUGACUUCCAGCACCUUGCUGUAUUUUUAGUGUUCUCUGACUAGUGGAGGUAUAUGACUUUCAAACAGUGGGAGAAUCUGUAGGGCAAUUUUCCCCCAUUUGUGGACAUGAGUGGACUGGGCUUUUGAAUGUAUGUGUUGAAUAGGACUGUAGCAUGAUGUCAAGGCACUAUGUAGCCAAAACUGUCUCCCUCCAGGAGCUUCAGUUGCCUUUAAAUCUUUCAGUUCUGGUCCUAGGCUGUUCUCUUGUCUGUCUUGGCAUGGAGAGUACCAGAGUUCUCACAGUGCCUGCUAUCGCUGUGGAGAUUCCUUGUGUGCAUCUCCGUCUUCCCCUCCUUGCUCCAUUCCGACUCUGCACUCACCGUGUUGGCAGGAAAAUGGAAGGCUAAGAGCGUGUUACUGCCCUUGCUCAGAUGGAUUAUGUAGAGUUGUCCCAUGUGCGUGGAAGGGUGAAAUUGUCAUGGAAAGGCUUUGAUGAAUCAUGUCAAAAGAACAACAAAGUUUGCAGUGUAUGUGGGGAGCAAACUUUGACCUUAUGUGUCUCUUUCACGAAGAACUGCUUCUCUCCAUUCCCACUUCUCUGCUUGACACUUGUGGGUCAGUAGCAAACAGUCUAUUUUACAAAAUGUUCCUACUAAUAUCUCUUUUUUUCUGUAAGUUGAAGGGUAUAUUGACCUUCAAAUCCAGGUCGUGACCAGCGCGUUUAGAAGUCUGGCUGAAGCUGGAAACUGAAGAUUAACUUUAUAUGAUCAUUGUGAUGCUAUGAAUAUGGAUUGGCUUUGUACUUCCACACUGGAGAUAGUAGGGAAAAUAUCAGCUGGCAUUAGUUGCAAGGCAUUACAUUUGUUCCCAGUAAUAGAAGGUAUUUAAAAUUCAGUUUUAAAGUAUGCUAACCACAAGUGAGAUAAUUACUAGGCCUGUUUAGGCUAUUGUUACCAUUAGACCAUAAUGUAAAAUCACUUAAUUUUCUAGCUUUUAGCAGAUAGAUCAUGUCUCAUUGAGUUGGUGGGGUUUUUCAUUUUGCUGAACAGUGUAUGAUAUCACUCUGUCCACUAUGUAACAAAAUAUUAUUUUGUCUCAAUGCAACAUCAAAAAGCCUGUUGGAAAACUACCCUAGCGAGUGACCUAGCAGCUCUACCAAUUAUUUUUAAUAGAAAUCUGUUUUUUUCCCUUGCAUUUAAAAACUAAAUAAAAAAGUGAAAUCACAGACACUGAUAACAGUGAGAAUUCUGUUGCCAUUGAAAUCUUCUGAUCAUGGGUUUUAUGUUUGGGAGCAUUUAUGACCAUGCUAACUAAUGGUGGAAUUUGACCUUACGUUGGAUACUUACGAUGCAGAUGUCAAUGUCUGAGCUAGUCUCCUAGGUACUGCUUAUGGUCAGAAGAUAUCUUUUAAGUACUUCUGAGAAAUGAUUCAUCUCCCCUUGAGGUUGAUGUCCACAACAGGUUGGAUGAAUUUAGCCGUGUUGCUGCCUCUCUGUGAAGGCAGCCUGGUGCACCAACUCAGAUGUGGUUAGCUGCCUCGCAAGAUGUCUCAGAUAAGGAGAGACGAAUCCCAUCCUGACAGGUGUUUUUGAAAUGUUUUGUUUAUGUGCCUUGUUGUUCAGCACUCUACCAAUGCUUUAUAGCCACUGUAAAAGGGAGACUACAGUCUUACUUAAUUCUACAUUUAUGCAUUUGGUUUGCCCCUGUGGCAGAUUUAAAACAUUUGGUGCUACUAACUCAGGACCCAGUCUUGUCAGAUCCUGACCACUUUCUGCUCUGAUUGAAUUGAUUUGAAAAUGUGAAGGUGCCAGCAUCUGACAGGCUGAAGUCGUUGGACAAUAAUCUUAAUUUGAUUUUUUUUUUUUUUUGUUAUCAAUUAUGCUCCUUUUACUCUACUUUGUUUCAUUUGCAAGUGUUUUUCAUUAACAUUUGCCUUGACAAAAAAGCCACCAGCAGAAGUGAGUUUAAGUGAUCGAUUGAGGCAGUGUUGUGUCCGAGGAGCUCGUUAAUGCGAGCUGAGUGUUCAGGCUGGAAUUCUGCAGCGUGGGGGCUUUGGAGGCAGCGCUGUUGUUGCUGUCCCCUUGCCCAGGCUGUUCUUUCUUUUUUGUGCUAAUGCAGUGGUUUGUGGUGCAGUUUGCAGUGCAGGAUCACAAGCAGUUGGCACAAUCGAGACUGCAGGCCAGGGAUUAAAAUCUUCAAACUAAUGCUCCCAGUGUUGUGGAGCUCUAGCCUGAGUAUAUUGUUUCAAAGUAGAGGAAUUUGGAUAUAGAAACCUUAAUGUCCUAAGGAAAGAAGUGGGAAAUAAAGAUGUUUGCAAAUGGAAUGUUUUGAAGAAUUUGCUUUCACUCUUUGUAUUUUUGCCUUUUCUGUGGUUGAUGAAGUUUUUCUCUCUUGGAGUUUAAUAAAAUCUCCCUACUUGGCUGCAUUUUUGAAAAUGUGAUAGCUUCCAAAAGUGGUGCUGUAAUACUAAAAGGUGUGUGGAUAGUAUCUGUGAGCUAAGAUUCUGGUCCCCCUUUAUAAGAGGAUUUUGCAGUUGAACUUAGUGGGGCCAGGAUUUUCCUGGAAAUACCUAAAAGCUCACUUUUAUUCCCUUUCUGCCACAACCAGAGAGUGGGAAAUUAGUAUGAAAUGUAAGACGCAAAAGAGACAAAAGUUCCUUUUAUUUUUUUAAUACCAGAUGUGUACAAACACUUGCUUUCAGUCCAAGGUACAGAUUUUAGAUUGAACAAGAACUUCCAUUAAGUGUAACACAAACAAUUUGUAUAACCUUACUGUGUAUCAUUUGCCAUAAAGAUGGAAUUCCAAUUAAAUUUUUUGAAAGAAAUAAUUCA